GAUGGCCUAAAUUCCUUGGUCCUUGACUUGGAUUUUCCUGCUUUGAGGAAAAAUAAAAAUAUAGAUAAUUUCUUAAAUAGAUAUGAGAAAAUUGUGAAAAAAAUCAGAGGUUUACAGAUGAAAGCAGAAGACUAUGAUGUUGUAAAAGUUAUUGGAAGAGGUGCUUUUGGUGAAGUUCAGUUGGUUCGUCAUAAGGCAUCUCAGAAGGUUUAUGCAAUGAAGCUUCUUAGUAAGUUUGAAAUGAUAAAAAGAUCAGACUCUGCUUUUUUCUGGGAAGAAAGAGAUAUUAUGGCCUUUGCGAACAGUCCCUGGGUGGUUCAGCUCUUUUGUGCCUUCCAAGAUGACAGGUACCUGUACAUGGUGAUGGAGUACAUGCCAGGUGGAGACCUUGUGAACCUUAUGAGUAAUUAUGAUGUGCCUGAAAAAUGGGCCAAGUUUUAUACUGCUGAAGUAGUGCUUGCACUGGAUGCAAUACACUCCAUGGGUUUAAUACACAGAGAUGUGAAGCCUGAUAACAUGCUCUUGGAUAAACAUGGACAUCUAAAACUAGCAGAUUUUGGCACAUGUAUGAAAAUGGAUGAAACAGGCAUGGUGCAUUGCGAUACAGCAGUUGGAACUCCUGAUUACAUAUCACCUGAGGUUCUGAAAUCCCAAGGUGGCGAUGGUUACUAUGGGCGAGAAUGUGAUUGGUGGUCUGUAGGUGUUUUCCUUUUUGAGAUGCUAGUGGGGGAUACUCCAUUUUAUGCGGAUUCACUUGUAGGAACCUACAGCAAAAUUAUGGAUCAUAAAAAUUCACUGUGUUUCCCUGAAGAUACAGAAAUUUCUAAACAUGCUAAGAAUCUCAUCUGUGCCUUCUUAACAGACAGGGAGGUACGACUUGGAAGAAAUGGGGUAGAAGAAAUCAAACAGCAUCCUUUCUUUAAGAAUGACCAGUGGAAUUGGGAAAACAUAAGAGAGACGGCAGCUCCAGUGGUGCCUGAGCUCAGCAGUGACAUAGACAGCAGCAACUUUGAUGACAUUGAGGACGACAAAGGAGAUGUAGAGACCUUCCCAAUUCCAAAAGCUUUUGUGGGAAAUCAGCUGCCUUUUAUAGGAUUUACCUACUUUAGAGAGAAUUUAUUAUUAAGUGACUCUCCAUCUUGUAGAGAAAAUGAUGCAAUACAAACAAGGAAAAGUGAAGAAAGUCAAGAGAUUCAGAAAAAAUUAUAUGCACUAGAAGAAAACCUUAGCAGUGAAUUGCAAGCCAAGGAGGAGCUGGAACAGAAGUGCAAAUCUAUUAAUACUCGCCUAGAGAAAACAGCAAAGGAGCUAGAAGAGGAGAUUACCUUUAGGAAAAACGUGGAGUCGGCACUGAGACAGUUGGAAAGAGAAAAGGCCCUUCUUCAGCACAAAAAUGCAGAAUAUCAGCGGAAAGCUGAUCAUGAAGCUGACAAGAAACGGAAUUUAGAAAAUGAUGUUAACAGCUUAAAAGAUCAACUUGAAGAUUUGAAGAAAAGAAACCAGAGCUCUCAGAUAUCCACUGAGAAGGUCAAUCAGCUCCAGAAACAACUGGAUGAAGCUAAUGCUUUGCUGCGAUCAGAGUCUGACACUGCAGCAAGGUUAAGAAAAACCCAGGCAGAAAGUUCCAAACAGAUUCAGCAGCUGGAAUCUAACAAUAGAGAUCUACAAGAUAAAAACUGCCUGCUUGAGACUGCCAAGUUAAAGCUUGAAAAGGAAUUUAUCAAUCUUCAAUCAGCUCUAGAAUCUGAAAGGAGGGACCGGACCCAUGGAUCAGAAAUAAUUCAUGAUUUACAAGGUAGAAUAUCUGGGCUGGAAGAAGAUUUGAAGACUGGCAAAGCCUUGCUAACAAAAGUAGAGCUGGAGAAGAGACAGCUGCAGGAGAAGCUCACUGACCUAGAGAAGGAAAAGAGCAACAUGGAAAUAGAUAUGACAUACCAACUGAAGGUGAUACAGCAGAGUUUAGAGCAAGAAGAAGCGGAACACAAGACCACAAAAGCACGGCUAGCAGACAAAAACAAGAUCUAUGAAUCCAUUGAAGAAGCUAAGUCAGAAGCCAUGAAAGAGAUGGAGAAGAAGCUGUUAGAAGAAAGGUCUUUAAAGCAGAGAGUGGAGAACCUGCUCCUGGAGGCUGAGAAAAGAUGCUCUAUAUUGGACUGUGACCUUAAACAGUCCCAGCAAAAACUAAACGAGUUACUGAAGCAGAAAGAUGUGCUGAGUGAGGAUGUUAGAAAUUUGACAUUAAAGAUAGAGCAGGAAACGCAGAAACGUUGCCUUAUGCAAAAUGACCUGAAGAUGCAGACCCAGCAAGUUAACACCCUAAAAAUGUCAGAAAAGCAGAUAAAGCAAGAAAACAAUCAUCUCAUGGAAAUGAAAACGAACUUGGAAAAGCAAAAUGCUGAACUUCGGAAAGAGCGGCAGGAUGCAGACGGGCAAAUGAAGGAGCUACAAGACCAGCUUGAAGCCGAGCAGUAUUUCUCUACCCUCUAUAAGACACAAGUUAGAGAACUCAAGGAAGAAAGUGAAGAGAAGACCAAGCUUUGUAAAGAGUUGCAGCAGAAGAAGCAGGACUUACAGGAUGAAAGAGACUCUUUGGCUGCCCAGCUGGAGAUUACCCUGACCAAAGCAGAUUCUGAGCAGCUGGCUCGUUCCAUUGCUGAGGAACAAUACUCUGAUUUGGAAAAAGAGAAGAUCAUGAAAGAGCUAGAGAUAAAAGAGAUGAUGGCCAGACAUAAACAAGAACUUACUGAAAAGGAUGCCACAAUUGCAUCUCUCGAGGAAACAAAUAGAACACUAACUAGUGAUGUUGCGAAUCUUGCAAACGAGAAAGAAGAACUAAACAACAAGCUGAAAGACACUCAAGAGCAACUCUUAAAGUUGAAAGAUGAAGAGAUUAGUGCAGCAGCUAUUAAAGCUCAGUUUGAGAAGCAGCUGUUGACCGAGAGGACACUCAAGACUCAAGCUGUGAAUAAGUUGGCAGAGAUCAUGAAUCGAAAAGAACCUGUCAAGCGUGGUAGUGACACAGAUGUUCGGAGAAAAGAGAAAGAGAACAGAAAAUUACAUAUGGAGCUUAAGUCUGAACGUGAAAAAUUGACUCAACAGAUGAUCAAAUACCAGAAAGAACUGAAUGAAAUGCAGGCUCAAAUAGCUGAAGAGAGCCAGAUUAGAAUUGAACUCCAGAUGACCCUGGACAGUAAAGACAGUGACAUUGAACAGCUGCGGUCACAGCUCCAGGCCUUGCAUAUUGGUAUGGACAGUUCCAGUAUAGGCAGUGGACCAGGGGAUGUUGAGCCUGAUGAUGGAUUUCCAGAGUCAAGAUUAGAAGGAUGGUUGUCGUUGCCUGUGCGAAACAACACUAAGAAGUUUGGAUGGGUUAAAAAGUAUGUGAUUGUAAGCAGUAAGAAGAUUCUCUUCUAUGACAGUGAACAAGAUAAAGAGCAGUCUAAUCCUUACAUGGUUCUGGAUAUAGACAAGCUGUUUCAUGUCCGACCUGUUACGCAGACAGAUGUAUACAGAGCAGAUGCUAAAGAAAUUCCCAGGAUAUUCCAGAUUCUGUAUGCCAAUGAAGGAGAAAGUAAGAAGGAACCAGAAUUUCCAGUGGAGCCAGUGGGAGAAAAAUCUAAUUAUAUUUGCCACAAAGGACAUGAGUUUAUCCCUACACUUUAUCACUUCCCAACUAACUGUGAGGCAUGUAUGAAGCCAUUGUGGCACAUGUUUAAGCCCCCUCCUGCUCUGGAAUGCCGUCGGUGCCACAUUAAAUGUCAUAAAGAUCACAUGGACAAGAAGGAAGAGAUCAUAGCACCCUGCAAAGUUUAUUAUGAUAUAUCAACGGCAAAGAAUCUAUUGUUAUUAGCAAAUUCAACAGAAGAACAGCAGAAAUGGGUUAGCAGGUUGGUGAAAAAGAUACCGAAGAAGCCUCCAGCUCCGGACCCUUUUGCCCGAUCAUCUCCUAGGGCCUCAAUGAAAAUACAACAGAACCAGUCCAUCCGGCGGCCCAGUCGACAGCUUGCUCCAAACAAACCAAGCUAACUGCCUUCUAUGAAAGCAGUUAUUCAGGUGAUUGCAUUCUUCUAGCUGCAAGACUGAAAUACGAUGUCUCAAAACUUAACUAGAAAGCUAUGUUCUACUGAGAGACUGACACACCCACAUACAUAUGUUUCCUUUCCCCUGAAAUAAUUUUAAAUCAUGGAGACGUUUUAUGGGCUGCUUUGAAACACAUUGAACAACAGUGAUUGGUGAGUAAAGGUGUCGUGCAACUCUUCAAGACUUGCUUCCUAGAGCUCUUGGCAGUCCUGUUACAUUGCACAGGAGGACUGAGAAGAGUUCAAAGAGAUCACACUUUGGCUUCAACAGAGGGUUUUCAUCUGUACAUUAGCCAGAAGAAUUUGCGAGUGGAUCUCACUACAGUGAUGCUGUCUGCAUCUUUAAGAAGUGACCAUGAUGUUGUGUUUAUGUAUGUAUGUAUGUACAUAUGAGUUGAGCCUCAUAUAUAUACACACACACCACACAUUAAAAAAAACACAUUGUACUGUAAUACUGCAAGAAGGUAUUUUUAACUUACCAUUUUAUUUUUUAUACACAUUAAUCAGAUAUCAUUACUUCAGUUGCAACUAUGCACUUGUAUAAAGCCAUAAUGUUGGAAUUUAUAUCCUUCAUUCAUGUACCUGAUGCAUGUUUGUGUAAACAGUAACUGUAACAGGAUGUUUGAAGUUAAUUAUCCCAGUUUCCUAAUGCUUGUUGUAGGCAACUUUACCCAUUUUGAAUGCCUUAAUUUAAUUUUCUCCCCUCCCCCCCAUCUCAACCCUUUUCUAUAUUUAAGAAAAGAAAGGACAAGUGUUUACCAGCUCUUAGGAUGCAGCUCGCUUCGUGGGGAAAGCAGUACACUCUUUCACAUGCAGUAGUUGCUCAGCAUCAUCCUGUUUUGUCUAUGAGAGUUUUUAAUGUAUUUGGUCAUAGAAGCAAUAGCGGAUUAUAUUGAAACUAAUGUGUGUGAUGUACAUCUGUUGUUUUUUUCAUCCCUUUUUAUAGACUUCAGCUCAUCUGUGACUACAAAAUAUUUCCUUUUCUUUGAACUUGCUGGUUACCCUAGAUGUGUUUUUAUUUAUAGUAAAGGCAAUUUUUCACAUUUUCAUUCAAGAUUCAAAUAUAAAAAAAUACUUAACACAUGUACUGUAGAUAUAUUUUAAUAUUUAAAUGUGAUCCUGAAACAAACAGCUGUAUAGUAGUAUAUCAGCUUUGAUAUCUGGGAAGAGGCAGCCUCAGAAGCGCUUACUUUGAUUCUUGUUGCUCAAUGCUGCUGAGGUUAGAGAACAGGCGGGACCUAUCCUGUAGUGCUGCAGUGACAGCAUCAGGCUCUGUACAUUGGUAAAGUUCAAUAUGAUACUGAAAUAUUUGCCUAGACAUUUGUCAUUGCUUCCCUCCGGGGUCAGUGUAGAGAUGUUGUAAAAAGUUUGAUUCUCUUUAUAGAUUCUAUUGUGGAAAUAGUGGCCUUUGGCCUACUGGUAUACUAAAUCCCAAUUCUGUGACCUUCAGAUGGCCCAGUUGCAUCUUUCAUUCCAUCUGUUAAGACUAGAUGUGCAUGCCAUUUCCCUGGAAGCAGCUGUGCUUUGUAGCUCUAAUUCAGAACACACCUUCCUUCCUUCCUUCCUUCCUUCCUUCCUUCCUUCCUUCCUGAUUUAAAAAUGAAAAUAUAUAAAAUUUAUAUAGAAGAACUAUUUCCAUUCAUUAGAGUUGUUUAAAAGGAGACUGAAUUAAUAUUUUAUAUAAAGAUUUUGUUACAUUAUGGGAGGUUCUAUCCUAUUCUGAAUUGGAGAGUAUAUAUAUAUAUAUAUUUUUAAUAAACUUUAUUAAGGUGAAAUGUCAAGUUUACACAUGAAUAAUUGAAGUAUUUGAGUAAAAAAGGCAAAAGUUAAAAUUUGGAUGCUGUGCGUGUAUAUAUGUAUUAGAAUUUGGAGAAUCAUGGUGUGAUUCAGCAACUGUCCAUGACACUUAAUGUGAAGGAUUCAGGGGAAUAAAACAUUCUGAGGGGUGAAAAAAAUCCAUGGAGCUUCUUCACAUAUGGUUUAACAUAGGGAUUUAUUAGGUCAUUUGUCCAACUAACAGAAUUUUGAGUAAAAAAAAGAAACAAAAAGCAAAAAACUGUGACCUUAGAGAAGUACUUGCUUUUCCCAUUGUCAUUUACAUGUACGCAGGUGCACAUACCUGCCAUUUUUUCUCCAACCCAACAGUCAUUACAAUAGCGACCUAAUUUUGUUCCAGUUUCACUUUUUCUUGAGGCCCCCAAAUCUUCAAGUUAAUGAUUUUCAGAGGAAAUGUUACUUCCUUUAUUCAGUUUGUCCCAGAGCCAUACAUACCUCCAGUUGGGACCUAAAAGAAAGGGAAUGCCAGGUUUCCUUAGUUGGAUACUUUUGCUUUGUGGAAAUAAAAAGACAGAAGUAAAAGAACUAAGUUAGGGUAUUACUGACAAAAAUUGAUGUACAAUUAAUUUUUAAGCGUUGCUUUUAGAAAAGCAAGAUUAAAAAAAAAAAUGCAGUUGAAAAGUUUCAAAUGCCCAGCUAGCUAAAGUAUAGUGAGCUAGUAAUCCCAAGGAAAGGCUGGUGCACAUACCUGGCCUGCCUUUGAGAGGCCAUGGGCCCAGCAGAGGCUUUGCAUCAUCAUGUGUAGAUGUGGUGAGAAGUGCUCGAGGUUAGGUUCAUGCUGCUGCUGCCCUCAGUCUGUUAGGAUUCCCAGGGUGCCGUGGAGAAACUCAGACACUAACCAACCUCAUAGGGAUGCUCUGAGCGGCUGAACCCCACGUAAAACAAAGCUUCCGAGUUCGCUCUCAGGCCCUCUGACUGCUACUGACUCUCCUUGCCUGCCUGAAGGUGGCAUCAGCUCCCCUGGCUCGUGGAGGUGCCACGCCAGCUUAAAGCACUUUGACAGGCACUGUGUGACAGUGCUGAGUGUUUGCCCUGUGGCCUCGCCCUGUUCCCUUCCCUGUGGUGAUUUUUAUUUGGAACUAUAAUAAGUUAUAAACGGCAUGAUUUAAAGAGUCAUCCUAGAUCACCUGUCCCCCUGAACAUUAAAAAAUCAUACCCUCUUGAUUUUUUGUUUUGUUUCAUCUUUGUAGUAAUGUAAUUGUAUUUUUAUGCCUGCUUUUUGUUUAAGAAAAAUAAAUAAAAAGAACCUAAGAUGUAA